CCGACCUGACAACUUCCGCCCGUGACCGGAAGCGGCUUCCGUAGUGACAGGGGGAACGAUGCGACGGCCGGCGUCACGGGAAGGUCGCGGAGGAGAUGGCUGAGGUUGUCUUGCCCCCCUCUCCGUACAGGUGUAUCGAGUGUAACCAGGAGGCCAGCGAGCUAUACCGAGACUACAACCACGGCGUGCUGAAGCUCACCAUCUGCAAAUCCUGCCAGAAACUUGUAGACAAAUAUAUCGAGUAUGAUCCUGUUAUUAUCUUGAUUAAUGCUAUUUUAUGCAAAGCCCAGGUCUACAGGCAUAUUCUUUUCAAUACUAAAAUAAACAUCCAUGGAAAACUCUGCAUGUUUUGUUUGCUUUGUGAAGCAUACCUGAGGUGGUGGCAGCUUCAGGACUCAAACCAAAACACUGCCCCGGACGACUUGAUUAGAUAUGCCAAGGAGUGGGAUUUUUACAGAAUGUUUGCAGUUGCUUCUCUAGAACAAAGUGCCUUUUUUAUUGGCAUUUUUACUUUUCUGUGCAUGGAACGAGUCAAAACAGCAAAAAAAAGGCCUGACUUCGGCUUGCUGCUAAAGGGAUUACUGUUAUCAAGCUAUGGGAAGCUCCUCCUGAUCCCAGCUGUCAUCUGGGAGCAUGACUACACACCUCUAUGCCUCAGGCUCAUUAAAGUAUUUGUCCUGACCUCGAAUUUCCAAGCAAUCAGAGGAUAAGUUGCCCAGGCUCAAACUUGUGAUUUUUCUGCCUCAGCCUCCCCACCAGCUGGAAUUACAAAUGUACAUCAUCAUGCCUUAAUUAAAUCCUUCAGAGCACAUUGACUGCCUUUUCUUUUCCAGUGACGCUAAACAUCAACCGUGUGCUCUCCUUGUUGGCUGUCCUGAGUGGCUUACUGCUGGAAAGUGGCAUGGUCUACUUCUUCCAGAGGAUAGAGUGGGACGUUGGCAGCGACUGUGCCUUCUAUAGGGAUCAGGACUUCUGAAGGUACCAGAGCACCCAGUUCCAUGUGCUCAAACAUGCGUCCUCCUCAGCGUAGGCAGGAGGCACCAGAAAUAAGUGUAUGCCUCUGAGAAGCCUUUCCCUUCAUGUCUCAUCGCCUUGAGGACUUGGUCGGGUGGGUCCCAGGUGCUUUGCUUGAUUUCCAUUGGUUCUCCUCAGUGACAGCAGCGUCCCUGUUUUUAUUGCUUCAAGGGUCCUGUCCCCAAUCUAACUCCUCCACACCACCCGUCCUCUACUAAAAUCUGACUCUGCCAUUCAUCCACUAACUCGUCUCCUGCCCUUUCCAGCCAUUCUGCUCUCUUCUUCCCACCACCCCUGCUUUUUGCUGCCUUUCUUACCUAUACUGCGCUGGACCUCCAACUUUCUUCUACUUCUGAGCAACUUUGCCUCUUUUUGAGCCACACCUGGAACAUGUAAACAGCUGUUGAGCUGUUUUGUUAAACCCUUGAAACCCACCAGCUUCUUGCUGUCCAUCACACAGCUGUAGCACCCAAGUUGCUGGAGCAGCAUCUCUGCGAGGCACAGGGCCUCAGUGGGCCUGUGGCUGCUGCUCUCCAUCUUCACAGGGACCCUCCCCCGGGGUCUGUGCUUCUCACCCCCAUGCCACCUCCUGUGAUUCCCCCUCUCCUCUUCCUGCCUACUGGGGUGCUCACUGCCUCAGUGGGGCUCUUUCUGACUUUGGGGUUCCCUUCCCUCCAUGCAAGGACACAAGAUCCUAUGGAUGAGCACAGAACAGAAGAGUGGGUGCAAGUUUGUAAUAGCUAAAGCUUGGAAGCAGCCCAAGUGCCCAUCAACUGGAAACUGGAUAAAGAAAAUGUGGUUUUUUUAAUAAAAUGCAGUACUACUCAGCCAUAAAGAACGAAAAACUAUAGAGUCAUUUAUAGCUAAAUGGAUGCAUAUCGAGGCCAUACUCUUAAGUGA